AUGGAUCCCUGUGUAGCUAAGCCUGCACGGGUGUGGGACUGCCACGAGGUUGACUGCUCUGAAGGGGCAGAGCAGGAUAAGACCCAAAUUCAACCUGAGACUUCUCCGACCCCCGCUAGUCUCCGACCCCCGCCCCCACCCCCUCCCGCCCCGCUCCCCGCCUCCGCCUCUUCUCAUCCGCCCCCCGCGUUGUCCUCGCUCAUAUCAACCUCCUCCACCACCCGCCUCCCGCACUUCCCGCCCUCGCUUGGGUCCGCACCACCACCACCACCGCCGCCGCCGCCGCCGCCGCCGCCGCCGCCGCCGCCGCCGCCGCCGCCGCCGCCGCCGCCGCCGCCGCCGCCGCCGCCGCCGCCGCCUCCUCGCUGCCGCGCUCCAUCAGCGUCUGCUGCACCGCCCGUACGCCCCUUGCUGCCCUGGACUCGCCGGCGCCCUGGAAUCGAUCCCAUCCCCGCCGCCACUGUGGCCAACACCGGUGCCAGGCGGCGCCGCCGUCACCGGCGCCGGCGCCGGCGCCGCCGCCGCGUCCCCCCCACUGCCUUCGCCACCAUGCCCCUCGCGCCCACCACGUCCCCGCAGCAAACAGGUAGCAGGAAGCGGAAAGCGGACGAGGCGGGCGCCGGGAGCUCGGCAUCCUGGGGCCCGGGAGGGGCGGCGACCCCCGAGAAUGGCGAAGAGCUGCUGCUGUCCAAGAAGCAGAAACGGCUGGCGGCGCAGCGCUCGCUGCUGCGCUACCUGCAGAGCCGCGAGGUGGGCGCGCGCGACGGCACCGGGGCCCGGGACUUCGAGGCCGAGCUACGCGCCUACGCGGUGCACAAGCUGCCUACGCUGCUGACGGAGCACGAGCUGGCGUUGGGCACCCUCAACAAGGUCUUCGCGUCGCAGUGGCUGAACGCCAGGCAGGUGGUGUGCGGCACCAAGUGCAACACGCUCUUUGUGGUGGACGUGCACUCAAAUCACAUCACGCACAUCCCUCUCCUGGGGGACGGGGCGCCAGUGCUGGCCCGGAACCAGCCGAGCUGCGGCAUCCACGCCAUCGAGCUGAACCCCUCCAAGACGCUGCUGGCCACGGGGGGCGAGAACCCCAACAGCCUGGCCAUCUACCAGCUGCCCACGCUCGACCCCAUGUGCCUGGGCGACCGCCAUGGCCACAACGAUUGGAUCUUCGGCAUCGCCUGGAUGAGCGACACCGUGGUCGUGAGCGGCUCCCGCGACGGCACCGUGGCGCUGUGGCGGGUGGACCCCGACAUGUGCCACCGCAGCAUCGGUUGGCAUAACGACGUGGGGUUCCCCAUGUACGCCCACAUCAGCCCGACGGAGACGGAGAUCAUCCCCAGGGCCAACACCAGCUCCACCAACCGCAAGGUGCGGGCCCUGGCUUUCAGCGACAAGAACCAGGAGCUGGGAGCCGUGUCCGUAGAUGGCUACUUCCACCUGUGGAAGGUCGAGAGCACCCUGUGCAGGCUGGUGUCCUUCAGGCUGCCCUACAGCCGAGAGAACGUGUGCCUGACCUACUGCGACGAGUUGUCCCUGUAUGCAGUGGGCUCCCAGUCCCAUGUCUCCUUCGUGGAUCCGCGCCAGCGCCAGCAGAACCUGCGGCCUCUGUGCUCCAGGGAGGGCGGCACGGGUGUGCGCUCGUUGAGCUUCUACCAGCAUAUCAUCACCGUAGGCACUGGCCAUGGGUCCCUGCUCUUCUAUGACGUCCGCGCCCAGAAGUUCCUGGAGGAGAGGGCCUCGGCCAAUCCGAACCCCUCUCCAGGGACCAAAGCGAAGAAGCUCAAGCUCACCUGUGGGAGAGGCUGGCUCAACCACGACGAGCGCUGGGCGAACCACUUCGGAGACACGGAGGAGUUCCCCAAUGCGCUCUACACCCACUGCUACAACUGGCCUGAGAUGAAGCUCUUCACGGCUGGGGGGCCUCUCCCUUCUGGCCUCUACGGGAACUACGCGGGACUCUGGAGCUAA